UUAAAACAAAAUGUCUUCAUUUCCGGCGACGGCAACACGGCGCGGGCGCGAUGCACGGCGUCAGUUUAUGAAAAAAACAAAAUUUAUUUUUGUUUUUAGAUAGUACUAGAUAGAUUUACAUCAUUUGAUUCUGUUUAUUAACAUUUACUCCCGAAAUGGGCAAACCUGAGUUUAACAGUCCGCGUGGCGGGGGUCGUGGGGGCGGCGGCUUCAGAGGAGGUCGGGGAGGCGGCGGUGGUCGUGGAGGCUUCGGUGGCCGCGGCGGCGGUGGUGGAGGAGGUGGCAAAUUUGAGAAGCGCGGCGGAGGUGGAGGAAGGGGCUUUGGAGGUAGAGGCGGAGGCCGCGGACGAGGAGGUGGAGGUAGGGGUAGAGGAGGAGGAGGAGGUGGAUUUAAAGGAGGAAAACAAGUUAUUAUCGAACCACACAGACAUCCAGGUGUGUUCAUAGCGAGAGGCAAAGAAGAUGCAUUAGUAACAAGGAAUUUAGUGCCGGGCUCUGAAGUUUAUGGAGAAAAGAGAAUAUCUGUUGAGAAUGAAGGUGAAAAGAUUGAAUACAGAGUAUGGAAUCCAUUCAGAUCGAAGUUAGCUGCGGCUAUCAUGGGAGGAGUGGACGCUAUACAUAUGCCUCCAGGUUCCAGGGUGUUGUACCUUGGUGCGGCUAGUGGAACCACAGUCAGUCAUGUCUCAGAUGUGGUUGGACCUGAAGGUUUAGUUUACGCAGUGGAGUUCUCGCACAGAUCAGGUCGGGACCUCAUCAAUGUGGCAAAGAAGAGAACUAACAUCAUUCCUAUCAUUGAAGAUGCGAGACAUCCACUCAAAUACAGAAUGCUGGUGGGCAUGGUGGAUACAAUAUUUGCGGACGUGGCUCAACCUGACCAGGCUCGUAUUGUCAGUCUGAAUGCUCAGCAUUUCCUCAAGAACGGAGGACAUUUUGUUAUAUCUAUUAAGGCAUCGUGUAUAGAUUCCACCGCACAACCGGAGGCAGUAUUUGCAGCUGAAGUAAAGAAACUACAAGCAGAUAAAUUGAAACCUCAAGAACAACUAACAUUGGAACCUUACGAAAGAGAUCAUGCCGUUGUUGUUGGAGUUUUCAGACCACCGGCUAAGAAAUCAUAGAAAUAUAAGUUUUGUUAAAUUUUAGACUAUUUUUUCAAUAAACGACUAGACAAAAUGCCUAGACGAAUAUUUUUAUAGCCUUUGUGGCCGUGCUAGAGUAAUGUUCCGUUAAUUAGCUCCACUUGCUAGUGGAAACAAGGUUUAACUGAUUAAUAUAAUGGAUUCCGUAUUUUGAAACUGAUACCUCGGCCUGAUAGUGCCUAAGCUUAAAUAAGUUAGAUAUAAGAAACAGUAUGUUUGAGAAAGAAAUAUAUGGUGCGAUUGACAAUA